GAAGACGAGUAACAACUGGAAAUCCUGCUUGAAUGUUCAGUGGGCAAGUUGUAUUCGCAGGCGAAGUCCUCUUGCCUCCACAUACCAAGUAUAGAAGCCCAGUUUGAGAUCUCAAAGGAGGAAUGAAGGGAAGGCCCUACAGGAAUGGUCAACUGCCAGGAGAAGAAAAGAAAUCCACGUAGGGACCCUGGCUGCCUCUCAACCUGUGUCUAAGGUGAUUGAUGGUUAUUCUAGAGGUGGAAGGAAAACCGCCCCGAGCGUAUUUCCAGAAUCUGAACUCGACAUUGCAAAAACCAAAACAUACCCAAAAUAAGCCAUAAAUCGCCACCGUCAACAAAAUUGCACAUAUGCUGUCAGUUGGUUAAUCUUGUUACCGUUGGCCAGCUCAACACCAGUGAAUGCUGGCCAACUUCUCAAGAAGAACAAGAACAUUUUUUUUCAUCCUUUUUUUCCCCAGCCAAACAGGGCGUCUUUUGCUGUGGAUAGUAGAUUGCCUCAUUUGUCUCUUGCCUGCUGAGCAAGUUUGUAAAUCAAAUCUCGCCGGAUUGCUUAUUCCAACAACUCUUACUACAAGGUGUCCAACAGAUGAGGAAGAUGGCAGUGUGGGAAGAAUACUGCCAACAGAUCAAGAGCCAGCUGCUGACUGCCAUAUUUGUCUUCUCUCUAUUGGAUGCAGUGAGUGGCCUGCGGUGCUACCAGUGUGUGGGGAUGUUCCACGAAUGUGUCCAAUCAGAGCAAUUGUGUGCGCCGAGGGAUCGGUCCUGCUUCUCAUCUACCAUCAAACUUUUCUAUUCAAACAACUAUACAGGAGUAUUUCUGCUUCCAGAUUUAGAAAUUGCUGAGUACGUGAUGAAAGGCUGUUCUGGGGAAGGUGUAUCCAAUCGCACAGCUAACGUCUAUUCAGAAGACGAUCAUGAAGUUCACAACACGUAUUACUGUGACUCUAAUCUCUGCAACAUCCGGUUCACAGGUGCUCCAGCCAGCUCUACUCAAGCAGCCAAUGGCAUGGAGUGCUACAGCUGCUUUGAUCGUGGCACGGGGGACUGCGCUCAAGGAAAUGCUACUCGGGUCAAGUGUUUGGGAGAUAUGAAUCAGUGCAUGGAUUUUACUGUGAUCAACGGCGCCUGGAAAAUGACGUACCGGACAUGUGCCCUGGAGACCUUGUGCCGCCGGCAGUAUAUGAUGCCAGAACUCUCGGGGAGACUGGAGAUCAGCUGCUGUUCUACACCCCUCUGUAACGAUGGGCGACCUGGCCUUAAAAGCAUCUGCAGCCAUUUCUCAGAACAAGGAGUCAAGAAGCAGCCCGAGAAUGGCUUGGAAUGUGCCAGCUGCUGCGAUUCAGGCCAAGGUGAAUGUGCCCAUGGAAACUGGACUCAUGUUAAGUGUGUCGGAGAGCAGAUCAAGUGUGUGAACGUCACAGAGAAAGGCCAUACGUUGAUGCGUGGCUGUAGCUUGGAGAAGCUUUGUUGGGAGAAACCACAGUUGCUGGGUCUGGACCGAAAUUCUUCUAUCAACUGCUGCUCUGGCUCUCUCUGCAACAGAAGUUUGGCCCCAUCUGGAGAUGCCACCUUGGUCCUCCUGCUCCUGCUUUUUUGGCUGCUCCGAUAAAAGUCUGGAGUGUCCAAAUUUCAAGGAAGCCAAAGAAAGAUGGAGAACAGAGAGCCCAGCGUCACAAAGACUGAUGUACUGCAGCCACAGACUGUCCCUCUUGCCUCACAGCACCCAACAUAACAAGGCUUGCACAUAAGGUGGUUUUAAUUACUCCAGCCUACGUGACCACAUUCUUUGUGAUUCUCUCCACUGUCUUUAAGUAGGAAGCUUCAAGGAAACAGGUUUAGUGACCUGUGCAAGAAAGAAGGUUCUGUUUGCACGUGAAAACGAGGGUGGCAGAAGUUACAGUCCUGAAAUAUUAUCGGCCUCUCACUGCCUUGCAGCUUCUCAAGGCUAACUCCUGCCAAGGGACCCGAGCAUUUUAGCUUCCUUUCCUUCACAGGGUGAAAACCAAAAAAAAGCCCUUUGCCCUUUUAGCCUCAGUUGCAGGGUACGGCUCCGUGGGUAUUAGUUAUGCAAGACUUUUGAGUUGGCUCUCAUUCCUAAAUGGAAAUCGACGGUUUGCGUAAACAAAAAAUCUCUGACCGGUAUGAUUUCCUUGUUGCUAGGUAAAGGUAAAGGUUCCCUUCGCACAUACGUGCCAGUUGUUUCCAAAUCUAGGGGGCGGUGCUCAUCUCCGUUUUAAAGCUGAAGAGCCAGCACUGUCCGAAGACAUCUCCGUGAUCAUGUGGCCGGUAUGACUCAGCGCCAGAGGCGCACGGAAUGCUGUUACCUUCCCACCAAAGGUGGUCCCUAUUUUUCUACUUGCAUUUUUUAAGUGCUUUCAAACUGCUAGGUUGGCAGAAGCUUGGACAAGUGACAGGAGCUCACCCCAUUAUGUGGCUCUAGGGAUUCGAACCGCUGAACUGCCGACAUUUCGAUCGACAAGCUCAGCGUCUUACCCAUUAAGCCACCGCCUCCCUUCCUUGUCGCUAGAGAGAGCCAUAUUUCACCAGGACUGUAAGAAUCAUCUCAGAUCAUAGUCUCAUAUGCUGCUGAAUGUUUUCUGGAGGACAUGGCCCUCCAGUGAUGGGAGUGGUGCGGUGGCCUAGAGGUGGAGCUCUCGCCUUACAAUCGGGAGGCUGUGAGUUCGAUCCUAGGUAGAGGCAGAUAUUUCUCUCUCUCUGGAUCCACACUGAGAAUAUAUCUGCUGAACAAAACUCCGCGCUGGUGACAGGAAGGGCAUCUGGCCAUUAAAACGCUCUGCUAGCUCCAUUCAGUUGCCCAGACUCCACCCCAGCAUGGAAUGAUGGGGUCAUUAAAUGACGACGAUGACGAUGGUCCUCCAGCGAGGAACAAGACAUUGCUGUCCCCCCUGCCUGUGGACUUCAAGAUUGUGGUCUAUGAUCCUGCAUCUUCAUCCAGAAUUGCCCAGUGGAGGCUUCAAAGACAUCGAACAGGGGAAGGCUGUCCAAAACAUGUUGUGCACACUAAGCGGAUGGCGAUUUUAGCCAACCUUGUUGCAAGGAAUCAAAUCACACUCCUUGCAUUUCACUGCACAAACGCUGGUUGGAUCUAAUGCCUUUCAUCCUGCUAGGAGAACUAGCACCAAGGUGCCCACAGUCGCUUGGAUAGCGAGUCAGGCGGCGUAUAAAUGUAAUAAACAAACAUAUGCAAAGAUUGGCCAAUCAAUACAGAGCCAUGGGAGAAUCUGUUCUCCAACUUGUGGUGGCUGACGAA